UCAGCCCACCUAAACCCCAUCCUCCCCCGCUCUCGUUCGUAGCACGAUAAUACAUACAUACUACCCCACUCCCUCGCUCAAGCGCAGCGGUGUACCACCAUGCUUGGCCUCCGAGGCCUCGUCGCCGCGCCCCCGGUCGCCGCACCGCCGCCUCCUAGGGGGCGGUGCAGUGCCGCGGCGCCGGAGAGGACGGCUGGCCACGCCCGGCUUCCUCUCGCCGUCGUCCCUGCCGCCGCCGCCGCCUCGCUCUCACUUGCCCUCUGGUCCACUCCAGUACAUGCCGGCAUUCUGUCAGGGUUCACCGGCUUGGAGUCGGUCCCAGGACCAGAUCUGCCACGAGUGGAGUUCUUGGAGAAAUGGAAUGCGGAGAACCAGAAGAAGUACGCCGAGUUCGACUCCAGGUUCAAGUCAUCCCAAGUGCUCAAGGAGCUUCUCGAGAAGUCCAAGCAGAAUAAGCUGAAGAAUGAGAGGCAGAUUCAGGAUAAAUACUGCUUGCGGGGCGCCGAGUGGGGCGUCGGUGACUGCUCGACGGAGGGGAUGUCGGACCAGGAGAAGGAGGAUUUCAUCGCAGAGCUGAAGAAAAGAACUGGAGCAGAGUGACCAAUGCAUAGUUUCCAGUGGAUAAUGGGAUAUGCGUGUGAGUUUUGCCAUUGCAUAUCGCUUGUUGCCAGACUGCAAUGUUGUGAUCCAGGAACAUGGAAAUUUACCCUUGUCCCUUGAUAGCCUGACUAGUAGAAAUUUUGGAUCUUAGGAACGAACAAAGUCUGAAACACUCCAAGACAUUAUAAUCUUUUGAGAAA